AGUCUCUGGACAUCACGGUUUCCCUCGGCAUAGAUCCCCCCAGGAUACCUGUCUGUUUUACCUUUCUGUUACCUUUCUGAGAGGUCCCCUUGCUCAUCUCGUCAUCCCUGCACAGGUGCCUGCCAGCCAGAUCAUGACGUUGGAUGACUUUGCCUACCAUGACCACAACUCCACAUAUGACUACAACAUGACACGAUGGUUCAUCUAUGACUGCAACCUCAAGCUGGACCAUGACUACAGACGCAUCGUCCUCUUCCUCAUGUCCCUGUUCACCUUCAUGGUCGGCCUGGUGGAGAACGGCCUGGUGCUCUGGGUCAACUGGCGCCGGCGCCACUCGGCCAGCGGCGUGCUCUUCUGCAUCCUCAACGUCAGCCUGUCCGACAUGAUGAUGGUGCUGACCUCGCCCUUCUACAUGCUGGAGUUCACCAUGGACAAGGUGUGGAUCUGGGGCCGCUUCCUCUGCCGGGUCACCCACCUGAUCUUCCUGCUCAACUUCUACAGCAGUUCCUUCUUCCUGGCCCUCAUGACCCUGGAGCGCUAUCUGAGUCUGGCCCGGCCCUCGUCUCAUCCCUUCUUCCCGCCGGACCGCACCCGCCGGUGGCUGCUGUGCGGCGGGGUGUGGCUGCUCUCGCUGGUGCUGGCCCUGAUCGAGAACGUGCACGUCGACCUGCUGGAGUGGGACGAGCCCGGCUGCUACCUGAUGCCCGAGAACAACUACACCGGCUGGUUCGUGGGCUUCACCUUCCUCGCGUUGAUCUUCCAGUUCUUGGGCCCCAGCGCCAUCAUCAUCACUUGCAACGUGCUGAUCGCUCGGGCGGUGCGCUCUGCCCCAGAUGUGCAAGGCAGGCGGGACGUGUGGCUGGUGCACGUGUACUCGCUGGUGUUCGUGCUGACCUGGCUGCCCUACCACUUUGUGUUCUUCCUGUUGAUGGUGGACGACCUGGAUCCGCACCUCUUCUCCUGCAACGCGGUCGAACUGCUCUACUUCUCCUACGAAAUUGUGCAGUGCGUGUCCCUCUUCCACUGCGUGGCCAACCCGAUACUCUACAACUUCCUCAGCAAGAGCUUCCGCACCAACCUCAUCAACCGAGUGGUGGAACACUUACCUCCACCAGAGGCCAACGCCAACGCAGCCGAUGCCACCCCGGUGACAAAGACAGGGAAUCAGCGCAAGCUCAGCAAUGCCAGCACCAGCCAGUCCGAUGUGGGCUCCUAGGGCAUAAGAACAAGCAGAAAAUCAGCACUAAGACUCCUGUGAGAUGCUGAGAAGUGUACAUGCUCCUUUAAGAUUCUGUCACAACCUGCAGGGGUAGGGAAAAGCAUAUAGAGACCAACGUGAAGAGGGAAAAGGGGUAUUUCAUUUCUCUCCCUUACAAAUGUUGAGUCCCACAGGAACUUCCUAGAAAACAUCCUGAAAUCUGGGGAGGUGUUUAUUUACCAAACUGUGGACACCUAUUUUAUCUAAAUAUUAGUCUCCUGUGUGAAGGAGAACUACAGAGGGCAUUGAAUUUAUGUUUUUUUUUCUCUCUCUCUCUUUAUACUACAAACACUCUUCUGCACUACAUCCAUCCAAACCAGUCUCUGGAAAGUCAAUGACUACAGCUUUGUGCACUAUGUGUAUUGUUAUUAAAGCAAAAUCCACCAAAAGCUAACAUGCACGAUGCCAAUGAAUAAAAAGCCUGUAAAUAAGAUAUGAUCUUUAGCAAUGUGGACGUUUGUCCUCUUGUAAUUAGAGUUUGAAGACCCAUUACAAGUUUGUUUACAUACUUUAGGCUCAUCUUCUCCCAGAGAUAAAACAGAAGACCAUAAACAAGCAGAAGAUGGCACGUCUUCCAAAUUGGUAGACCACAUGUCAAAGUAUAUCACCAUGACAAGAUCAUACACUGGAACCACAUGUCUGUCCGUUAAAAGCACUUAUAUGUGGUUAAUAUGUGCCUUUGUCUUUUCAGUACUAUUUUAAUGUAUGUUGCCUGCUGAAAUUGACAGCCAGUUCUAUUCUGUUCUAAUUUAACUUCUUAACCUAUACUGUAUAAACCAAUGUUGUAGAAAAAUAUUGCUACAAUUUGUAUUGUUUUCAAAACAUGGUAUUUAAAAUCACUGCAUAGAAACAGACACAGAGACAGUUAUUCAGGAUAUGGAUCACAAAGCCAAUGUAACAUUUUGCAAUGACAGUGCCUACUGCUUUGUGACUGUAGGGCACUUAUGUCUGUGUUUUAAUAUGUAAUAAUGUAAUGAUGUAAUGUAAUAAUUUUGUGGAUCUGAUGUAAGGAUUUUGUGUAUAAACUUCAGGUGUUAGGGAUGCACGAUAUUUCUACCGAUUUCUACUAUUUUCAAACUCAUUUUAGUGGAUCGCCAAUAUUUUUUUUUCCCAAUUUCUUUUAAAGUCUUUGCUGUAACGAACCAUUUGGUCUUAUUUGGAUGGCCCAUUUGUUGUAGAUACAGGCGUAUUUCCUUCAAUUCUACCCACAAUCAUUUCAACUUGGUGUAGAUGUAAAAUAUUGAUAUAUGCCAUUCAAUAAAAGUGGGUCUCAUCCAAUUUGAACAGGUCUGUAUGAUGCUUCCUCUGAAACCAUAAUUGUUUGUUCCGAUAUAGUCUUGCCAAUUUAUCUGCCAGGAAUAUCUUCAGAAAUGUCCAUGCAGAUGCAGACAAUACAGCUCUUAAGCUGUUAAGCUGCCAAUACCGAUGUUGCACUGACAAUAUCGUGCAUCCCCAUCAGGUGUCUAAAAAUAUUUGUAGCAAUGUGUAUGAUGACUCACUCAUAUCACAAGGUUCUAAAUGUGAACCGAAACAAAAUAAAAGGCAACUAUGUCA